AUGACUGAACACCUUAGGGGCAGUCUGUAUGGGUCCUCUCUUCCAGAGCUGAGGCUUGUCCUUUUAGGGACCAUCGGCUGUGGGAAGACCGCUUCGGGAGACACCAUCUUGAACCAGCUGUCCCCCAUCUCCUCCCCUGAUUCCUCCAGGAGCUGCCAGGUUCGGCAGGGCAUCUCUGAGGGCAGGAGGCUGACCCUGGUGGAGGCUCCCAGGUGGUACUGGUAUGGUGGGCACAUGGACAUUAACGUGAGGAACGAGACGGAGCAGUCGUUGGCGCUGGCGGCGCCUGGCCCACAUGCCUUUCUGCUGCUGGUUCCAGUGGGCCAGUUCACAGAGGUCGAGGGCAGAGUGCCGAGGGAGCUGGAGGAAGUGUUUGGGGAAGGGGUGUUGCGUCACACCCUGGUCCUGCUGACCUGUGGGGACUACCUGAUGGGCCAGACAGAGCAGGCUUACCUGCAGGGGGAGGACCCAGGCCUCAGAGAGGUCAUCGAGCGCUGUGGGGGGAGAUACCAUAUCAUCAAUAACCGCCGUCGAGAGGACAGGGAGCAGGUCCGCGCUCUGUUUGAAAAGGUGGAGAACAUUGUACAGAAAAAUGGAGGCUGCUACAUGGAAACAACCCAAAAGAGAGAGAUGGAGAAACUCGUAAAAGAACGAGAGCAAGAACUCAGGGAGAGGUACAAAGUUAAGGUGGCGGAAAAGCAAGAGCCGCCCAUGGAGUCGGGUCACAUCACAAACACAGAGACUCUGAGGAACAGAGGAGGAAGACAGGAAUACGAUGACACCAAUCCCUUGGAAAAGAGGAGAGAAGAGGAAGGGGACAAAAUGGAGGAGAGCGUGAGCGUGGACCCAAGGAGUGCCGGACUGUGUUCAGCUGCAGCGUCCGAGUCACCAUCAUAUGCAGAGCUACAAAACGACAGCGCCCCGCAGGCCACGAAGAGUUCUAGUUUCAGAGUAAAUUCAGGGGGAAAUCCAAUCCCUGUUGUAUCACAUAACAGCACACUACUUUGUCAGUGGGUAACUUCACCAAAUAUUUCCAGUUUCGGUAACCUCCACUUGGUUUCCAGUACUAAACUCCAGAUUUUCUCCUCGUCUUUCUCAGUUCACCAUUCAGUCAACAGCUUCGAGGAGCAAAUUUCUCCAGGGGCUUCUCCCACUGUCCUCUCUCCACGGUCGUCCAUCUUCUCCUCCUGCUCCUCCUCUCCAGAACUGCGUCUGGUUUUACUUGGCCGGUCUGGAGCAGGGAAGAGUGCAGCAGGGAACAGCAUCCUGGGUCAGGAGGCGUUUACGUCGUGCCCGGACAGCCUGACAUCCGUCACUCUGGAGUGUGAGAAAAAGAGAGCUGUGGUUGCAGGAAGGAAGAUGGCAGUAGUGGACACCCCAGACUGGUUCAACUCGGAGCGUACGCCAGGCGAGGUGCGGGCUCAGAUCUCUUCCUGCAUUGCCCUGUCCACCCCCGGCCCCCACAGCUUUCUCCUGUGCAUCCCCAUAGAUCAGCCUGCAAAGAUGGAGAUGCAGGCCCUGGGGGCCCUCGAGGCAGUUUUUGGCCCUGAGGCGGUCCGGACACACACCCUGGUCCUCUUCACGCAUGCAGACCAACUGAGGGCAAGCGGGAAGGUGGUACAGGGCAGCGUGGAGGCAUAUAUUGCCAGUCAGCGGGGGGAUCUGUUGAAACUGGUGGAGAAGUGCGGCGACCGGUUUCACAUUUUGGAGAGGGGAGAGGGUGAGGAUGAGCGAAGGAACGUGGAAGAGCUGCUGGAGAAGGUGGAGCAGGCGGUUCGAGAAGGAGGAGGGCAGUGUUACUCCUGUCCUGCCUUUCAAGAAGCUGAGAACAGGGUGAGGCAGAGGCAGAUGGAGAUAGCGAAGGAGAGGAGGGGGAAUUCAGAACAGGAAAGAGUGGAGGUUGACAGACAUUUUGGUGCCAAAACAUGGUUGCACCAUCCCACCAUGCCACGCCUCCUGGAAGCAGAAGAAGAGGAGGAAGAGGAAGUGAGAGAGCAUGAGAUGGAGGAAGCAAGGGAUGAGGCAGAGAGGAACGUAAGCACCAUGAAUCUGGAGAGUCUUGCUCCUAUUUCACCCUCCACGUUGUCCCCUUCGCUCAUUCGUUCUAUGAUGGAAAAAUUGAGCUCUGGAGCAAAGAUGCUUCCUAAGAUGUUGGCCGAUAGCUCUGUGUGGGUUGGUGAAGGGGCAAAGACAGUGGCAACUAGUCCAAUGUGGGAAAAAGUUGGUAAGGGGACAAAAAGUGUACAAAAAAUGGUGGCUGAUAGUUCUGCAUGGAAGAAGUUAGGAGCAAAUGUUCCAAAGGUGAUGACUGACAACUCUCAAUGGGUCGGAUCGGGAGCAAAGAGGGUGGCAUCGAGUCCCAUGUGGGAAACGGUCGGGUCAGGUGCAAAAUCUGGAGCCAAAUUGGUCGCAGACAGUUCCAUGUGGGUUGGAUCUGGGGCCAAGGCUUUGGCACAAAGUCCAAUGUGGGGCAAGGUAGGAUCCAGAGCUAAAUCUGGAGUCAAAAUCAUGGCCGACAGAUCGGCGUGGGUUGGUUCUGGAAUUGGGUCCGGAGCAAAAAAUGUAGCUCAGAGUCCCAUGUGGGGAAAAGUGGGAUCUGGGGCCAAGGCCGGGGUCAAAAUGGUGGCAGAAAGCUCAACAUGGGAGAAAAUCAGGACUGGUGCUGAAAAAGUACCGAAGGUAGUCAUAGUGGGUGCAGUGCUGGGUCUGGUGCUCGGGGUAUUUUUCGGGGGGGUGAUAGGGGGAGCAGUGGGGGGGGCUGCUGGAUCUCUGAUAAGUGAAGUAGGCAGACGGAAACUCAGUAAAACUCCCACACGGGAGGAGUUGGGUGAUGCUGCAACAGACGCAGGGAAAACGGUGGAAAAAGGGGUGGCAUCUCUGGUAAGAGGUGGAGAGAAGAUGUUGAAAGCAGAAUGACAGAAACUAGGUGAGCAGAGGGCGACUAGAGAGAAAAUGGAUGAACAAAUGUAAGACCACUCCAAAUUAAUUUUGGGUUCAAUGGGUCAUCCAUAUAUCAAAUUUAACAAAAACAACAGCAAGCAAAAAAUUGCUUUCACGUUUAUUUUGACUUUUUAGCCCCUACAAAUAAUUAAUCCAAAUUUGUUGUCUCACCACAAUGAAUGUCACAUUGAGAUAGUGGAAACUUACUUUGUCUAUAUGUAUGUCUCCCUAUCUGACAGCGAGGGAAGCUUUUAAUUGGCUCGAAUUUACAAAAUGAAGAUUAAAUUGAAAUAAAUUCCUUGUUAAAAGAGAAACUCAGCUAGUGUGUAUUUAAUAAUAAUAAUAAUAAUAAUGAUAAUAAAAAUAAUGAUGAUGAUAAUAAUAAUAAUAAUAAUUUAAGCACUAGUUAACCUGGUUUGGAUAUGUCAAACAUUAUGUACAACUCUUUCUUAUUGGCCAAUAAUAUUCCAACAUGAAACGAAGCUCAUUAAAAAAAUGUAUAUUUGUACAAGGUAUG